AUGACAUGGGAAACAAUAAUGACACAUAAAGAACACAUGGCUACAGCGGUUAAACUUGCAAAAUAUGCAUUAGAUAAAGGUGAAACACCUGUAGCAUGUAUAUUUGUAGAUAAAAUAACAAAUCAAAUCGUAGCAUAUGGUAUGAACGAUACAAAUAAUUCGUUGAAUGGUAUUGCCCAUGCAGAAUUUAUGGCUAUAGAACAAAUUAAAUUGAGAUUCUCCAAUGAUCAUAAAGGGUUUGCUGAGUUUUGUUCAAACUGCAUUGUUUAUGUGACUGUGGAACCAUGUAUAAUGUGCGCAUCUGCAUUAAAACAACUACGUAUACAUAAAAUCUACUACGGUUGUGGCAACGAUCGAUUCGGGGGUAAUGGUACUGUACUGUCUAUAAAUAACAAUAUGUCAACAUUGGGAUAUGACGGUUCCAUUUUUCAACAAAAAUCUAUUCCCGGCCUAUAUAGACGUGAAGCCAUAAUGUUAUUAAGAUAUUUUUAUGUUAAAGAGAAUAAAAGAUCUCCAAAUCCUAGAGCUAAACUGGAUAGAAAUUUAGAUACAAAAAACUUUCCAAACAUUAAUUGGUCUCAAUAUAUGGAUAGAAAAUUAUUUGGUCAAGAAUUUGGUUUAAAUAAUUUGAGAAAUUAUGAUUCAAUGACUGAUUUAGAAGAUUAUAAAAGUAUUGAUUGGGAUUUAAUUGAUUCACAUUAUGACUCUAUUGUAAGGGACAUAAAAAAGGAAAUAAAGCAAUUUAAACAGAAGGAAAAUAAGAAACUGAAAAUAUAG